CCGCCACAGCGCAUAGUCUCCCACAUCCCAAGCUCCUCCUUUUCUUCUCCUCCUCCCGCAAAGGAUCUUCGCCGUCGUCGACCCCAUCUGAAGAAAUUAAAAAAACAAAAGAAAACAGUGCCAAGAAAAGCAAAAGGGCCGAGCAUCGCUUUGUCCUCCUCCUCUCCCAAGCACCUUCUCCUCCCCAUUCCACCCCUCGCCCGCAAGAUAGACGCCAUAAAAGGCUAGAGGGCCCCCAGAGAAUGGAAGAAGAGAGAGAGAGGGGAGGAGACGGGAUGGGAGGGGACGGCGAAUGCGGGACGAUGGUCAUCCAUGAGGAGUCGGAGGAGCUCCGGCAGCGGCCACCGCCGCCGCCGCUGUUCCCAGGCGUCGAGGAUGACGUCGGCAUUGGCGUCCCCGCCAACCGCCGCAGCAGCUUCUCCUACCACCGCCUCCCCGAGCAGCUCAUCAAGCUCACUAUCAUCAAAUUGGACGCCACCUCCUUCGAUGUACAGAUUGCGCGGACGGCCGCCGUGUGGGAGCUGAAGAUGGCGAUCGAGAAUUUAUUCAAAAACUCUGCCGAUGAUGGAGGAUGCUAUAUUUCUUGGUCACAUGUUUGGCGUCACUUCUGCUUAUCCUAUGAUGGCUUUAAAUUAACUGAUGAUCACACGACUCUUCGAACCUUUGGAAUCAAAGAUGGCGAUGAGCUCCAUUUUAUGAGACAUGUUUCACUGAACCACAGUGAAAGCAAUUGGCGACCCCACAGAAGGUCGGUGACAGCGCCAGAGAUCCUUGAAGUAAUUGAAGAGAACGACAAGGAUAAGAAUGGUAAUUACAUGGAUGCCAGUCCAUCCAUGGAUGAGCACCGUGAUAACUGUGAUGAAGGUAAAAGCCUUAUAAGACGCAAGGAAUCCAAAUUGGGUCAUUUCUUCCGUGUCUGGUUUUCCAACACCAGGAGGAGUUCACGGAGAACAAAAUCAGACGACCUGUCUCUUCAUUCAAAAACUUUCAGUAAUCGUCAGAGAGUGGGAUCAAAGGUGAUGCAGUAUCAAUCCAAUAGAAACUCUAUAGUGGAAGUGAAGUGCUUUUGUGUUCCUUUUUGAGUAAACAAGAAUGCCUGCAGCCCAGGAUUGCCACAUUUUGUGUAAAGGACUCACUUUACAUUUU